AUGAAACAACAACUGGAAGAACAAGCUCCCGAAGGACCACCAGAAAAUACCGUUAAGGACAAGACGGUAACUAAUGACAAAGAAGACGACAAGAAGGAACAGCCGGAUCCAUUGGCAAGCGUCAGUGAUGUCUUUUCCUUUGCACAAACCUUCAGCAACAAAUUGUGCAUUGGGCUUGGAAUAUUCUUUGCCGCUUGCACGGGAUGUACCUUCCCUGCCAUGGCAUGGAUCUUUGCUAGCUCGUUUGAACGCUUGAGUAGUGUGGGUGUGGAAGGAGUUGAUUAUUUGGAACAGAUCCGAACACUGGCCUUUCAACUCCUGGCAUUGGGAGGUAUUAUCUUUGUGGCUAUGACGCUAUCCGCUGGAUUCCUGGAAACUGUUGCCUCGGACAUGUCAGAGAGAAUGAAGAAACAAUGGUUUGCUGCCCUCUUGCGACAAGACAUGGCGUAUUUUGAUAUAUCCGAUGUCAGCGGAACGGCCACCAUUGUUAAUGCGAAUGGUCGACGAUACAAAAAAGGUCUUGGAAGAAAGCUCGGUGAAGGUAUCCAAUUCUGUAUUACUCUGGUUGGAGGUCUUGCGUUUGCCUUCUGGUCCAGCUGGAAAGUCAGUCUUGUCGUUUUGACUCUCAUUCCGCUCAUGAUUGGUGCCACCAGUUUCCUCAUCAAAAUGACCACCACUCAGACCCAACGAGCAAAUUCGUCCUAUGCCAAGGCUGGGUCCAUUGUGUACACUACCGUGUCUUCCAUUCGCACCAUUCUUGCACUGAAUGCAGUGGAAGACGUCAUUCGGCAGUUUACUACCGCAACACAAGAAGCCUAUGUCGGGGCCUCGAGUCAAGUUAUCAUGGUCGGUCUAGCAAAUGGAAUUGUCAUGGGAAUCUUUUGCGGAGUUUACAUUCCCGUGUCAUGGUAUGGAGCAUACUUGUUGUAUGAUGCGGUUGCCGAAACCGGAUGUGAUCCAUCUGGAGCCGUACCAGACAAUGUGACAUGUACGCCAAGUGCCUUUCACAUUUUCAAUGCCCUAUUGGGUAUGACCUUUGCUGGUGCGGUCGUUCCACAGAUUUCUGGAGCGAUCGAAUCCUUCACUGGGGCUCGAUCCGCAUGUUAUCCAGCGAUUGAAGCUAUUCGUCGCAACACAACGACGCUAUCGGAUUCAGGGGUGGUGAUGGAAGAAGAUACUGACAAGGAGUACGAAGGAGCUACAAAACAAGUUGUCCGACGUGGAAAUUCCACUGCUUUGCCAAAGUAUGUGAUUGACUCUUCGUCCGAUGACGGCUUGAAACCAGCAAAUGUGGUGGGAAACAUCUCGUUUGAAAAUGUUACAUUUGCUUAUCCUACGCGACAAGAAUUGAACGUCUUUGAUGGUUUCAAUCUUGAAGUCAAGGCUGGACAAACAGUAGCUUUGUGCGGACCAAGUGGUGGGGGCAAAUCCACAGUCGUACAACUGUUGGAACGAUUCUAUGACCCGACUUUGGGGUCCAUCACUCUCGAUGGAAACAAGUUGAGUUGUCUCAAUGUCCGCUGGUUGCGUCAGCAGAUUGGACUGGUUUCGCAAGAACCAAAGCUGUUUGCUUGCACAAUCCGAGAGAACAUCAAGAUCGGAUGUCCAGAUGUGACGGAUGAAGAAGUGGAGGCAGCAGCAAAGAAGGCUAAUGCACAUGAUUUCAUUUGCUCGUUCCCCAAAGGCUAUGAUACCGAUGUCGGUAAUGAAGGAACACAACUUUCCGGAGGCCAAAAACAGCGCAUUGCCAUUGCCAGAGUACUCAUCAACAAGCCGCGGAUUAUCUUGCUGGACGAAGCGACAUCUGCACUUGACAGUGAAUCCGAAGUGAUUGUGCAAGAAGCAUUGGAUGGCCUUAUGACUGAGCAAAAUCAAACCAUCAUUGUGAUUGCUCAUCGACUGUCGACAAUCAAGAACGCGGAUAUGAUUGCAGUCAUCCAAGGAGGCAAGGUGGUCGAGACAGGUCGUCACGCGGAGCUCAUUGAGAAACGAGGCGCCUACAAUGGUCUCAUUGAAGCUCAAAAGGGAGGUACGAAGAACACCAAUGCUGACAGUGCCAAGGAAGGAAGUGAUGGCGAAGGGAGUGAUGCUGCUGGCGGAGCCGAAGCCCUUGAAAAUGACGAAAAGGAGCAUUUGAUAUCAUUCAAGGAUGUUCAUUUUCAAUACCCAUCUCGUCCAGAUCAAAAGAUCUUCACUGGUUUGAAUCUUUACGUGGAAGAGGGUGAGACUCUGGCUCUCGUUGGUCCAAGUGGCCAAGGAAAGUCGACUGUCAUUCAAUUAAUUGAAAACUACUACCGCCCAGCUCAUGGCUCAAUCUACUACCAAGGUGUUGAUAUGAAAGAACUCAAUGUCAAAUGGCUUCGCAACGAGAUUGGUUUGGUUAGCCAAGAACCUCUUCUCUUCGACAACUCCAUUGGCGAAAACAUCAAAUUUGGAAUGCCAGACUCGACUCAAGCUGAAAUUGAGGAAGCCGCCAAAGAAGCCAAUGCUCAUGACUUCAUAAUGUCGUUCCCGGACGGAUAUGGAACUCAAGUUGGAUCUGGCUCGAACCAAGUAUCAGGAGGUCAAAAGCAGCGGAUUGCCAUUGCUCGGGCGUUGAUUCGAAAGCCAAAGCUGUUACUCCUUGACGAGGCAACAUCUGCCCUCGACUCUGAAUCGGAACAGGUGGUUCAGGAAGCGCUUGAUAAGAUUAUGGCGGACAAGACCAAGACCACGAUUGUCAUUGCCCACCGGCUUUCCACAAUUCGAAAUGCGGACAGAAUUGCGGUGAUUGAUUCUGGCAAGGUGUGCGAGGUGGGAACCCAUGAUGAGCUUAUGACCCUACAAACUGGAAAGUACAGACGCCUCCAGAAACUUCAAGACCUGGGAAAUACCGAUGUACGAAAAUCUAAAUCGGAUAAAGAAGACGACAACAACAAAGAUGACAAAGUCGAUGCCACUGAUGAAAAGGAACCAGAACCAGAGGAAGAUCCAGACAGCGAAACUUCCAAAGUCAAUUCUGAGAAAGCAAGGCUGUUGGCCAAAGGAGAUUUUGGAUACUUUGCUAUUGGAGCAGUUGGAUGCGUCCUGGCUGGCUUAAUGUUCCCAGGAUGGGGCAUCGCUUUUGCAUUCAUGAUCGAACUUUUGUACAAACCAGUCUUGGCUUGUGAUGGAGAUAAUCCUCCGUCCAUGUUUCCAGAGUUUGACAGCUGUCAAGCCUAUCGAGACACCACCGCUCAAGACAUGCGGGAGCUUUCUUACAAGGUCACCAUCGGAUUGGCGUCGUUGGUCGUCACUUCCAUUCUUGGUCAUACUUUCACACACUACGGAUUUGGCACUGCUGUCGAACGAAUGAACAAGCGAGUCCGUGAUGCAGCCUUCAAAUCCUUGGCAAGGCAAGAAGUUGCUUACUAUGAUGUCCGUCCUAUUGCUACUUUAACCAGUCGCAUCAGCGAAGAUUGUACCAUGUGCCACGCCUUCUCUGGAGAGCCAAUUCGACAAGUCGUGAUGAAUUUGAGUUCCAUUUUCGUUGGCAUUUUCAUCAGUUUCUUCUACAUGUGGCCGAUGGCGCUCAUGACAUUUGCCAUUCUUCCCUUUCUUGCAUUUGGUGCUGAAAUGGAAAUGCGACAAUGGACGGGAGAAGACGAAGGCGAAAACUCAAGUGACAAGAUUGACGAAAAGUCUGCUGCUGGGAUUGUCAUCGAAUCUCUGUUGAAUAUUCGCACAGUGGCUUCGUUGGCCUUGGAGGAGAGACGCCGCGCCGAGUUUGCGGCAGCCAUUCGUCGCGAGAAUCCGACUCCGGUAAAGACCAAUAUGGUCAAGGCCAGCAUGUCUGGAUUUGGCCAAGUCUUUCAAAUGUGGGGUAUCGCCUUGCUAUUCUGGUGGGGUGGCUACCUCAUAUAUAAUCAUCCUAGCUUGUUCUCAUUCCGAGAUAUGAACAUUGCCAUGUGGUCCAUGAUGUAUGGCAUUUCAGGAAUGAGUGUGGCAAUGCAGGGUGCCACUGACCGCAAGAAAGCAUCGGCGGCAGUGAAUCGAAUCUUUGCUUUGAUUGACCGUGAGAGCAAGAUUGACCCAUUGAGCGAAGAGGGUAAGAAACUCAACUAG